AUACAUGAUACAGAUAAUACUAGAAAAAGUACACACAGUAUGUAUGUUCGAAAGUGACCUAAACCAAACGCAGCCUUAAUCUUCGAAUCUCUUUCCCGGUCAGCGAUUGCUUUCAUCAUACAACCAUAAUUAUUCUCCUCCCCGUGCUCCUCCUCCUAUACACACACCUAUACUUACAUACUCAUGGAUUUUCGCUCUCUUUUUUGCUGCAUAAGCGCUUCUCAACGGGAAGGGAAGGGGAAGAAACAGGCGACGUGGAGGAUUUUUUCGCUGAAGGAAUUGCAUUCUGCUACCAACAAUUUUAAUUACGAUAACAAGCUUGGAGAAGGGGGAUUUGGGAGUGUUUAUUGGGGGCAGCUAUGGGAUGGAUCACAAAUAGCAGUAAAAAGAUUAAAGGUCUGGAGCAACAAAGCAGAGAUGGAAUUUGCUGUGGAGGUUGAAAUUUUGGCAAGAGUACGACACAAGAAUUUGCUAAGUUUACGGGGCUAUUGUGCUGAAGGUCAAGAGCGUUUAAUUGUGUAUGAUUACAUGCCGAACCUGAGUUUGCUCUCUCAUCUUCAUGGGCAGCACUCAGCUGAAUCCCUUCUUGAUUGGAAACGGAGGAUGAGUAUUGCCAUUGGAUCUGCUGAAGGCAUUGCAUAUCUUCAUCACCAUGCAACACCGCAUAUUAUCCAUAGAGACGUGAAAGCAAGCAAUGUUUUACUCAACUCAGAUUUCGAAGCUCAGGUUGCUGAUUUUGGAUUUGCAAAGCUAAUACCUGAUGGUGCCACACAUGUGACUACUAGAGUCAAGGGUACUCUUGGAUACCUUGCCCCAGAAUAUGCAAUGCUGGGGAAGGCAUCAGAGAGCUGUGAUGUUUACAGUUUUGGAAUUCUCUUGCUUGAGCUAGCUAGUGGGAAAAAACCACUGGAGAAGCUCAGUUCAACAAUGAAGCGCACAAUCACUGACUGGGCUCUCCCCUUGGCAUGUGAGAGGAAAUUUAGUGAACUUGCAGACCCCAAACUAAAUGGUAAGUACGUAGAAGAAGAACUAAAGAGGAUAGUGUUUGUUGCACUUAUCUGUGCGCACAAUCGGCCCGAGAAAAGACCCAACAUGCUUGAGGUGGUGGAGCUACUGAAGGGAGAUGCAGAAUCAAAGAUGACUGAUCUAGAAAAUGAUGAACUAUUCACUAGUACUAAACCUUUAGAUUGUGAUGAUGGGUCAUCGUGUGUAGAAGACAGUUCUGAUUAUAUUUCAGCAGAAACGGAAUCAAAACAAGAGAUUGAGAAAGUUGAGGUAUAGCAGAAGUUUCUCGGUGUGACAGCUAAGUAAUUAUUUGUGAAGUCUGUGGAAGCAUGAUUUUAUUCUCAGUGCUGGAUUUUUUAUUUUGUUUUGCAUCGGUGUCCUAAGAUAAUUGAUAUAUAUGAUGCUGAUGUUAAAAGUGUUAUUUCCCAAUUUCAUGAUUUGUGUGCUUUUGUUUGACUUUUGCUUGUAAAAGUAUGUGGAUAAAAGCAAUAGGAUGUAUGUAGUAGUUGAUUAAGAGCAGCAGCAGAUGAGUGGUUAAGAACAUAUAUAUUUUUCAUCAGCAAUAGGAUGUCCCAAAAUGUGUAAGUUCUACUGGUAUUUUAAAGUGCUGUUUUCUUUUUCA